CGAUAAAUUCUUCCUUUCCCCCCUACCUCUCCCUUCGUGCACAAUGCCCAAGGAAGCUACCAAGCCCAAACGCAAAGCGGCGGAGAAGGCCGAAAAGGCUCCUCGCAAGGCCAAGAAAGACCCCAAGGCUCCCAAACGUGCUCUUUCUGCAUAUAUGUUCUUCAGUCAAGACUGGCGUGAGAGAAUCAAGAACGAAAAUCCCGAUGCGGGAUUCGGUGAAGUAGGGAAGCUCCUUGGUGCCAAAUGGAAGGAGCUGGAUGAUGAGGAGAAGAAGCCUUAUGUUGAUCUCGCUGCGAAAGACAAGGCACGGGCUGAGGAUGAAAAGGCCGCUUAUGAUGGUGGGAAGAAGAGCGCGGCUGGUAGUGGAGAAGACGAGGAAGAUGAGGACUAGUCCUAUAGACCUAUCCGCUAAUGCCCUUUCCUGCUUAUCGUUUCCUUUUCUGACUGUACUCUGGUAUGAUACUAUUUGCUCAUUCGU